ACAGCGUGCCCAUCAUUAAGAGGACAAGGCCAUCCUCUACUGCUGUAACUUAUCAUCGAAGAGUAUGGCGGCAGCAGAAGCCUCCUCCUCCCCCAAUCCGCCGCGUCCUGACCUCCGCCGCCGCCAGCGCCGCCUCGUAUUCGACCGGCGCUACGGAUGGAUUUUCGACGAAUGGACGGACCCGGCCGUCGCCGCCCUCUCCGGUGGCAGGGGAAUGUUGGUAUUCGCUCGCCGUCCGCCCGCACUCCAGCACACUACGGCGGCCUUCUUCCAAGUCCUUAAAUUUUACCCCCAAUGUCCACGUGUCCUGAUUCUUUGCUCACUCCUGUGUUCCAGGUUCUGCGUACUCCCGAUGGCUCAGUCGCUGAUGAGCGCGGCCGCAUAUUCGGUUGACUAUGCAACCGAUUCAGUUAGCGCAGCUCUUAAACGCCCUGACAUUUUCUCCCCACUGGCAUAUCUUCCUCACCUGCAAUUGCAUAGGAAGCAACAAACUUGGUUCGACGGACUUGAGCGAUCUGGAGUCGUAGCUGAUACCAAGUUAAUACCAUGUAGUACUCUGUAAGCGGAAUAUGGAAAGAAUGCACAAGUCAGUUCUGUCGGCGAAACACGCGUGGCCUCCUAACAAUGUCCGAAAGAUAGCAUGGUCAAAAUCUUGAAAUGCUAGCAAGAUUUCGCCUGGUCUUGUGCAAUUGGUUUUUAUUACUUCCGUGUAUCUCUGAUAUUAUCCUUCUCAAUACUUUUUGGAUUAA